CGAACGGCGAUUCUUCAACCUCAUUCCCGAUUCCUCCCUCCAAUCACUCCAAUUUCGUCCCUAGUUCGCUUCUUUCCCACUCCCACCUCCUCUUCUUUCACAUAUCAGCACAAUGGCCGGCGCUUUCGCUACCACUCUCUACCGGAGCCUGUUCCAGCGCAAUGCUGCCUACCUGACUGGCAUCUUCGCCAGUGCCUUCGCUUUCGAGCUGGCCUUCGACACCGCAUCCAACCGCGUCUGGGACUCCUUCAACCGCGGCCGUCAAUGGAAGGACAUCAAGCACCGCUACAUCAACCAGGCCGAGGCCGACGAGGAUGACGAGUAAAUAUGAUGCCAUCGAGUGUUUGGGGUCGCAGGUGGUGGGAUAGACCAAGUGCUGGAGGGUAGAGAUAUCCAUUCCCAUGUUAUUUUACCAAGCUCGGGAGGAGAGAAAGGGGAGGGAAAUGGGGAGGAUGAUCGGCGGUGUUCUUGUACGAAAUAGUAUUUCUGGACAAUAAGCUGUACUCUUGAGAGUGC